UUUAAAGGUCUGUUAUUAUCAACUUAUCCCUUUCACUUCUUAGGGGAUCCACACAACGUUUUGUUGUGCGCACGCUUGUGUGUUUUUGCACUCCCUUGAACGCAACGUUUGCGCGUCCACUGGAGCUCACACCAGUGGAACAUCUGUGCUUUAGAUUUCCACAUCAUCAUGCUCACCAGCACACCACACGUUCAGAAAGGUUACCUUGGAUAUAUAGGCCAGUAUUUAACUUGGAUCUUACUAGUAUGCCUAAUGUAUCCAUCACGGGCUGGCUGUGCUUGUGCAACUUACUCAUUUCUUCUUGCAGGCCAGUGAUGCAUAGCCUGUGUGUAAAACGUUGUGGGUUGUCGAAGUUAUCAAGUGGGAUUUGCGGCGCUCUCUGCAGGAACCUCCGGCUGCUAGAGUUCAAAGCCACAUGCACAGACGUGCCAUGCGAACCAUUAAAAUAUCUUCUUGGCUACUAGGCUAGUUUCUACAAGGCAUUUUCCAAGUCAGUCUUAGGAGACCAGGGAAAGAGGGGAAGUUUUGUUGUUCUCAACUUAACAAGUACACCUUCUACUUGAUCCGGCGUUUUAGGUAGCUCACUACUCUGCUAUGCAAAAUUUGGAGGGAUCUCGGUCAACAGGUGGACAAACGGUAAGAACAGCAUAUCAUUGCAAAAGGGGAAAGUCAAGACUGGAGGUCAAUUACGAAGAAGUGAGGCUAAAUUAGAAAUUGUGUGCCAAGAAAAGACUUGUAGGAAUUGUACAGAACUUUCCGUUUAAACUUUCUAUGCCACUUAUGUGCCUCAAUAUUAUUAUAAUAUAUGUAACUUAUAUGCGUAAAAGAUGCGCCCUAAUCAAAACGCCAUUAACCGUUCAGUGUCAUGGUCCUAAUGCGCUGGAGUCUUACUGUAGAAUUUAAAAUGGCUACCUGGAGCUUUUUAGGAUUUACUGUGAAAGUCAUAGCAGCAAAACAGAGGUUUUUUAUUACACGUCAUUGCUAUAUUUAGUUUUAUUUUUUUAAUUUUUGUUUGGGAUCUACAACUCCCCUGCUUGUCCCUAAGAGUGAGUGCAGGCAGGCACAACUUGGACCAGAAAUAGCACUUCAAAGUUUUGCAUUACGCUGGUGCUAUGAUGCCUCUGAAGGCUACAGCUGUGAGCCUCAUGAAACCCCACGCGUAAAGGCCAUUUAAUAAACAUCUUUGGAUCCGUCAUGUCUCAAAAUAUUGACUCAAUUUCUAACGUGCUGGAUAUGACGCUGUCAGCAAAGAUUUUGACAAGUCAAUUCAGAGGAAAAAAAACAAGAGGAAUACAGUUUUUUAAUUAUUUUUCUCACAUUAAAUUUUUUUUUCCAGAUAAGUAAGUGUCCUUUUGUUCAGCAUAUAUAGUUAAUUACUUUGGUUAAACUGAAAACCACACAUUCAGCCAUAUAAAACACACAUCAUGUGUCCCAUUGAUUUUCUCAUCAACGGAUUUUUUUUUUUUUUUUGAGGAGGUGAAGAUACUGACAAGCGUCUGUGACAGUAAAUUAUGCAGUAGUCUUAAAUCCUUCACAAAUUACUUAUGAGAAGUUAAAUAACACAUUUCAUAUUUGACAUUAAAGUGAUCAUCACUGUAUGGGACUUUAUUUAACGCAGCAAUUUAUUUUUGUGUGCCAUUACAAAGAUUAAGCGUUAACUCCAAAAACCUCCCCCCAAAAUAUCUGAAGCGUUCGGUAACACAGUUUAGGUUGCAAAACACAAGCUAUAAGUCACUUACAAUCAUAAAGUCAUAACUGUAAAUGAUAAAAGUAUUACUCUGUCAAUACAAGAAAAAAGUUCUAAAUUCCCGAGCUGUGAUUUGCAAGUAAUUAUGUUACAUUUUCGGCCAUCCAUGUUAUGUUUGUUACAGAUAAAAAUGUCCACCGUGCUGCUGAGUAUGAUCCGUGUACAGUAACAUCCAAACAUCACUCAACAUUUUCAUAACUACUCACUUGAAUUUUAAAAUAGUUUGACUUUUUAAAAGAGAAAGUCCAUUGGACAAAAUAGCAGAUAAUUUAUAUGACAAGUUGUUGUGAUCUUUAACUUAUAUAUCGCUUUUUAAGCAUUUAAACAAAAAACAGACAAUAAUCACAAUGUAUUACACUGUAGGAUAAUAUUAUAGUAACCGAUACUUACAGUACACACAGGUUUUAUUUUCAACUUAAGUCAGCAACGGCACCACCUCCUAUGACCCUCAUGUGCUGCCGUCCGGGGUCUAAAGCAAAAUUACCCCGGAUCAUAACAACAGGUCCCGUCCAUUACAUUUUUUUCCCCUCGGGACAAUGGCCGCAGCUCGCCCUAUUCACACUUACUACACACACGGAUCCCACUAAGCAGAGCGCGGAGCCGCCACUGUAGUACACGCUGAAGGGCGAACUGCUGGAUAUGUAAAUAUGGAUACUUAUCAAAGCGCAUAUUAUGGUAUGUACUCCGGACUAUUUUAAACUCCCAGGCGGAGUUUUUCCUCUGGUUAAGUUGACAAGUUUCUCCCCGCUGACUCCGAUCUUUUACGUGCGUAAAGCUGUGCGUAAUUUGUGCGUAAAGUUGUCCUUCGUACGUUGCGGGGACAGAAUGAAGAUAUCACUGCAUUAUUUAUGAUCCUCACAACUUUUAUACUGACAAUAUGCAUACUCUGGCGAGGCAGUCUGUGUUGUAAUUGCAGAAUCAAAGUGGGGAAAUUGCUGUUUCAUAGCCGCGCAGCUUUUGUUCGCUGCUACAAAAGAAAGACGACUGUAUAUCUGGAUCAACUUUUUAGGACUUUUAUUGUACAAUAACCUUUGCAUAACAACUAUUUUUCUCAAGCGUUGCCUGAGGCACUGCGCAUGCGCGCUGGCUGCUUGCUGUCACUAAGACAUUUUUCUUCACGUUGGAAACUGUCACUGGUGACGUCAAUCACCGAGCUCUGACCAAUUAGAGCGCAGGGUGAUUGUUUAGCUCCACGGGCUGCAGCGCCUACCAUGAAUCUCUAUUCAGUAUCAAAGCGUCCUGCUGCUGCCUCUCAACCGAAUGGGAUUCCAUGUAGUCUGCAGAUAGACUUAACUUUAUAAAGUCUUUUUUCUUUAUUUUUCAUUGCGAUUAAAAUAUAUUUGUCAUCAUCAUUAUUAUUUUGCCUGCUGUCAAGUUAUUCUAAAAUUAGGAAGUAAUGAGCGUGGAUGCAUUGGGAAGCCCCGUGAUGGACCCUACGUUUUCCAAACGGAACACGGCGCUGAGAUUAGUUGACUUGGCAGGGGCUCACCACCAUCACCAUCAUCACCACCAUACCCCUCAGAGCGUGACAGGCUUCCCGGGGUUCAGCAGCCAUCCACACUCAAUGGCUCACUCGCACCCUGGGGAGAUUACUGCGGAACCCCGCCUGGGGCCGAGUCCAUUCGGGCCAGAACACAUGGGGCACUCCGCGGCCCUCAAAAUCAGCCCAGCCCAUCAUUAUCCCCACCACCAUCACCACCACCACAAUCAUCAUAUGGCAGGCCACAGUGAAGUGGUCUCCAGUCAAACGGGAGCUUUUGGCCCGGUUCAGGCGACAUCGGUGCCCUAUUCUAUGUCUCACACGGCCCAGGCUUUAUCCGCAGGUAGGGAUUUCCUCAUCCGGAGAGAUCUGACAGCUCAAGCCAUGCCAGUACUGACUGACCAGACUGCUGGUUCAGCCUCUCACCACGGAAUGUUUGUCUCAACAACAGGUAGCUAUCCCGGACACUAUGGUCAUCACCCUGACGCUGGGAACCAUACCCUCUUCUCCGGACUCCAUCACGACCAGCCUUCUAGCGGAUCACCGGGUGGCCAAGCGCUGAAUGGACAAAUAAGGUUAGGACUACCUGGAGAAAUGUACGUUAGGUCUGAUCACUUGAGUCAAGUGGCAAGCUCCAGGGCUGAUCCGUUCUCCGCCUCGCCGUUGCAUGGCUACGGUGGUCUGAAUCUGAACAUGAAUCUCAGCGCUCACCACCACCACCACCACCACGGAGCCGGUGCCUUUUUCCGCUACAUGAGGCAGCCGAUAAAGCAAGAGCUCAUCUGCAAGUGGCUGGAGCCGGAGCACUCGCCGAAGAAACUUUGCUCCAAAACUUACAGCACCAUGCAUGAACUGGUAACGCAUGUAACGGUGGAGCACGUUGGAGGACCAGAGCAGGCGAACCAUAUAUGUUUUUGGGAAGAGUGUCCGAGGGAAGGCAAACCAUUUAAAGCCAAGUACAAACUUGUAAAUCACAUUCGAGUGCACACCGGGGAGAAACCGUUUCCGUGCCCGUUCCCUGGCUGUGGGAAAGUGUUCGCAAGAUCCGAGAAUCUUAAGAUCCACAAAAGGACGCACACAGGUGAAAAGCCCUUCAAAUGUGAGUUUGACGGCUGCGACAGACGCUUCGCCAACAGCAGUGACCGGAAAAAGCACUCCCACGUCCACACCAGCGAUAAGCCCUACAACUGCAAAGUGAGAGGCUGUGAUAAGUCCUACACACACCCCAGCUCCCUGAGGAAACACAUGAAGGUGCACUGCAAGUCCCCCCCACCCAGUUCGGGCUACGAGUCCUCCACCCCGUCCCUGGUCUCCCCCUCCUCAGACUUGGGCCGGGAGCCAGGAGGCUCCUCGGUGCUGUCGGAGCCGGUGGGAGCCUCCCAGCCCGCGAAUUUAAGUGAAUGGUACGUGUGCCACAGUUCAGGUGCCAGCGGCGCCCAAACACCACCCAGCGGGCCCUCUACGCCAGACCCCACAGACGAGCCACCUUACAGAAACCCAGAACCGAGGGACGCGUUUUAAUCCAAUUGGACUCAAACACGGUGCCAGAAGUGACAGAACACAUUUUAAAAGCCUAACUAUUAAAAAUGGUUUGGCUUCGGUGCCUAUAUGCCUGUGAAGGCCCACUGGUCCCCCUUUUGGAUGCGCUACCAAACAGACACCCAGAGCCAAGAGACGCGUUUUAACCACAUUGGAAGGAAAAACCUUAAAGACGUGCUAAUUUCCAGGCACAUUAAAAAGAAUAUAUUUUCAAACCUCAGCUAUUGAAAAUGCUUGGCUCAGUGCCUGUUCGCCCUGACGGCCCACUGGUCCACUUGUGGAGAGAGUCGUGUAAAUCCGUUAGACUAUGUGGUACAUUAUUGUAGGCUAGGCAUGUUGGUGUAAAAUUAUUUUGUAAAUUCGAGUUUCGACUUCAAUAUGUUUUUAUUUAUUUUUCAAUCUGAUAUUGAAGGAUUUUGUAUUAUCGAACCAAAGUGCAUGUUUCAAUUAGGGCAAAGUGUACAUUUGUAAAUUUUGUAAGUUUCGAUGUGUUGAUGUUGAUAGUUUUGUAAGGAUCUGUCCCAGCAGCUUGUUACUCAUUACUGCAGUUAUUUGUACAAAUAUUUUAUGUUUACAGCAUUUUUUCCAUUUGUGCAGAGGGUCAACAAUUGAACUGUUUCAUAAGCCUGCAGUAUUUGAUAUACGACCGUGAAAUUAUAAAUGUUUUAUCAAAGUGG